AUGAUAAAGCAAUCAAUUGGCUUCAAUUGGGGUGCAGCAGCUGUGAGCACUUCUGUUUGGAAAGGCGUUCCAUUAAACUAUGUUUUAAAGAUGGCUGGAGUUAGUCUUGAUGAUGAUUCUGAAGAAUUUCGCUAUGUAUGUUUUAUGGGUGCUGACAAAUUACCAAAUGGUAAUUAUGGCACAA